AUGUCGGCUACCAAAGCCAUUGUCCCCGUCGUGGCACCGUCCGACACGAAUAGUGACCUCAACACGAGCGGCAAAGACGACAGCCCUGUGACUGUGACCGAGACGAACCCCAGUGAGACAAAAUCCUCCUGGUGGCGUAAGGCCGUGGGACUUGUCUGGGACUCUGUCGAGGGAGAUCCAGAGUACCGCAAGUAUGUCCAAAGACUGGACACCUUCUUCUUCCCUACCGUCUGUUUUGGCUACUUCAUCAAGUACCUCGACCAAACCAACUACAGCAAUGCUUUCAUCAGUGGAAUGCAGACAGACCUUAACCUCUACGGCAAUGAACGCAACUGGUUGAACACCUGGUUCAGCCUGGGCAUCAUGAUCGGCAGUGUACCCGCCCAGAUGUCACAGCUGAGCUUCAUCAGACCGUCGAUUCUCAUCCCAUCAUGCGAAGUCAUUUGGUCGUUGUUGGUGAUCGGCAUGGGCUUCGCCAAGAACAUUGAAACCAUGUACGCUCUGCGAUUCUUCAUCGGGCUUUUCGAGGCGUGCGCGUUUCCCGGUUACAUUGCGAUGCUGGGUGGAUGGUACGGUCCCAAAGAGCUCACCAAGCGGCUGGCCAUCCUCCUCCAGGUCGAGUCCAUCGCAAGCAUGUUCAGCGGUUAUCUGCAGGCCGGUCUGUACUCAAGCAUGAACGGCCGUCACGGCAUUGCCGGGUGGAGAUGGUUGUUCAUCAUGGACGCGAUCAUCUCGCUUCCCAUCGCCAUCUGGGGGUUCUUCGGACUCCCCGAUCUGCCUCACAACACGAAGGCGUUUUACUGGUCGCCCGAGGUAGGACCCAAGAGUGCUGCGCUGCUUCGGCUCGUGUUAUUGACAAAAGUGCUACAGCAUAUCAAAUACGGCAUCGAAAGAAUCGAGAAAUUCGGCCAGAAGGCCCAGCAGAGGCUGACCUGGAAGGAAGCCAAGCGCAUUUAUCUCGGAUGGGAGAUCUGGGUAUUUGUCGUCCCAUACACCAUGGUAGCAGCAUGCCAUUCGGCAACAAGCUACUUCAACUUGUGGCUCAAGGCCGCUGGCUACAGCGUUGUGGACGCCAACAUCUACCCGACCGGCGGAAGCGCCCUGAACAUUGUUGCGACGGUGAUCUGGGGCAUUAUCGCGGACCAUACCGGGCAGAACUACCUGAUGAUCAUCAUCGUUCAGGCUCUGAUGAUUCUGUCCAACAUCCUUCUUUCUGUGUGGUACAUCCCCAAGGGCGCGCUGAUGUUUGCGUACUAUCUGUCGUACGCCGGAUCGGCUGCCACCCCCGUUCUAAUUAGCUGGGCCAACAGACUCAAUGCAGGCGACCCCAGCUUACGACAGCUUCUGGUGGCCACCGCCAAUGUCGUCUCUUAUGCGUGGGUUCUCUGGGUGCCCUUGGUUUUGUUCCCGACGUACGAUGCACCGAAGUACAAAUAUGGAUACCAGGUUCUCAUCCUUUUCGGAGGUCUUGCCAUUAUCAGCGUCACUCUUAUGUGGUAUAUGUACAGAAGAAGAGACCAAAAGCGGGCUCAGGAGCAGGAUCAAGGCCCCGAAGGAGGAUCGGCGGCUUCAAACGAGCGGUGA